AUGCAAAGCGAUAUUAUAACUCAAAUAAUUGAUUAUGAUGGCAAUAUAGUAGGUGACUUAAAAGAAUGGAUGUCUAAAAAUAAAUUAUCAAAUUUAGGGUUUGAUUAUAAUGUAAUAGCUAUAUUAGGAAGUCAAAGUAGUGGCAAAAGUACAUUGUUAAAUCAUUUAUUUAAAACAUGUUUUGAUGUAAUGAAUACAAAACAAGGGCAUAGUCAAACAACAAAAGGGUUGUGGUUAAGUUACGAAAUGUUUCAAAAUAAUUCGAGUUUUGAUUAUGCAAAUAACUUAGAACAUAAGAUAUAUAAUGAUAUAAAUUAUUUAAAUAAUGAGAAAAAAAGAGAAAAUAAUGAAACGAGGCCAACCUUAAUACUUGAUGUAGAAGGAACUGAUUCAAAAGAAAGGGGAGAUAACAGAUUAACUUUCGAGCAUAGGUCAGCUUUAUUUUGCUUGGCUUUAGCUGAUUGUGUAAUUGUUAACUUAUGGUAUCAUUCUUUAGGAAAUUUCACAGCUUCUAAUUAUGGAUUACUAAAAACAGUAAUGGAAGUAAAUUUAGAAUUAUUCCAGCAAGAUAGAAAUUGCCCCAAAACUAUUUUAUUAUUUGCAGUAAGAGAUUGGUUUGAAGACUUUGCAUCAAUAGAAAUAGUUAAAAAGAAAAUAAUAGAAGAUUAUUUGAAUAGAAUAUGGAAAGAAAUGAAAAAACCAAAUGAAUUAGGAGAUAUUAACAUUAAUAACUUUUUUAUUAUUGAGGUAGUAGGCUUGUCACAUGCUAUCAUUAAAAAAGAAGAUUUUAUAAAUGAUGUAAACAACUUAAGAAAAAAAUGGAUAAACGAAUUAAAGCCAUUACAAUAUUCUAGAAAUAUUCCUUCUGAUGGUUUUGCUCAAUAUUGUAAUAACAUAUGGAGUACUAUAGUAAAACAAUCACAAUUAGAUAUUCCAUCUCAGAAAGAAAUGUUAGCAACAUUUAGAUGCCAAGAGAUAAAAAAUAAUGUUCUUAAUAAUAUAAAUAAAAUAAUUAAAGAAAAAAUAGAUUUAUCUCAUCAUAAACCUAUUGAUAAUUUUAAGGAGUGGGCGGAAAAUGAUAUUAUACAAAAAUGUUUAAAUGAUUAUUUAUCUGAUGCUUCAAGAUAUAAAGAAAGUAUAUGUUUAAAAACAUCUGAAGAAUUACUAGAAAAUUUAUUUAUACAAUUACAAUUAAUUGUUGAUAAUAAUUUAAAUUUUGUACAAAGAAUAUUGUCAAUGAAAUUUUCUAAUGAAUUAAAUAAUUUAUAUAAAGUCUGUUCAACUGAUAAAAACAUUUUUUUAUUUGAUGAAGAAUCAAAUUUAAAUAAAAAAGAAGUAAAUUAUUCUUUGCAAAAGGAUGGAAAUCAAGACAAGCACGAUAAGUGUGUUUAUUUAUGGACUAAUUUUUUACAUAACGCGGAUACAUUAGAAUACCAAACUCUUUGUAAUUUUUUUGAAAAUUACGAAAAAUGUAAUAUUGAAAUUAAAAAAAAAACAUUUCAUGAAUUUAAUUAUAAAUCUUCGUUGAACACACUAUCCACUUCAAUAUGUAAAGACGUAAAUAGAAUUAAAAACAUUCAAUACAAUCUUUUAUUAGAUAAAGUAAGGUCUACUAUUAAAAGUAGAUUUAAAUCUAUUGAUACAUUACUUAUUACUACAAAAAAUACUGAUGAAUAUUGGGAUUCUACAUUGAAUAUAGUUAUAAAAUUACAAGAAAACAUUAAUACUAAUUUAACUAAAUGUUUUAUAAAUCUUAAGGAUAAUGAGCUAUCAAGAAGUUAUUACCAUGAUGAUAAUGAUAAAAAAAGUGAAAUAUAUAAUAAUGAAAAAAAAGAGAAAUUAUAUUUCUCAUUAAAUGACAAAGAAGAUAAUUAUGACAAAAAUUUUUAUAAUGCAAAAAAAAUUAAUAUAAUUAAAAAUAAAGAAAAAUAUAUAAGCACUGUAAAUGAGGAAAUAAAUAAGAAAAUGGAGAAUAUAGAUUUUAUGAUUGAAUUAAAGAAAUUUUAUUUAGAAGAAAUAAUUGAUGUUUUAAAAAACAAAUUUAAUGAAAUAUCAGAGAAUUUAUCUCGUAUUAUUAUACAAAGAUUUGAAUUAGUAUUUAAUUAUGAUGAAGCUGAACAACCAAGACAGUGGAAAGAUAUUUCUAUGUUAGAGUUAAAAAAAAUUUUUCGUGAAUCAAAAAACUAUGCUUUCUUAAUAAUUGAAAUUCUUCAAAAAAAUAUAAAAGUAGAAAUUAUUGAUGAUUAUUUACCAAAUAAUUUUAUUAAAGAAGAAAUAAUAGAAAAAGGGAAAAAUAAAGCAAAAAAAAAAAUGCAAGAAUUGUGUAGAGAUGCACAGUAUAUACAAGAAACAGGAGGAAAGAUGAGUUUAAAGAACAUUCCUUUAUUAUUUUGGGUUAUUUUAUUACUAUUUGGAUGGAAUGAGAUAUUAUCAUUUACUCGUCUUUUUUUUAAAUUAAAUAUAAUUUUGCCAUUAAUUUUAGCAUUUAUUCUUAUUAUAUCUACUUGCUUAUAUAAUGGAAAUAUGGAAGUAUUAUCUUAUAUUAAUAAAGUUUUUUUUUAUUUAGCAAAAAAUUCUUAUAAUUUUUACAGACAUAUACAAAAAGUAAAUAAUAAAAGUGCCCAUGAAGAUGUAUCAGAUUAA